GUGUUUUUUUAAUAUUGGGUUUGUCAAAUUAUCGUUCAAUAGAUUGUUUGUUGGUGUUUUUAGAAUUAUUCUGAUGGACGGUGUAGUCUUGAUUGAUAUAUGCGAUCUUCUUCUUCUUUGAUCACUUUCCUGAUUACUGGUCAAAUCCUAGAAGUUCUUUUAUUUGAUUCACUACAUAUUUGCUUAGUCGAAACUGGUAUCUGAAGACACGGCAAAUGCCUUCAGUCAUUUCACCUCAGUGGCACGAAAAGGCUACUGAUUUUUUUCAAUCCUCAGGAGUGAAGCUUAAAGAAGCAGGACACAGUGCUGGAAUUUUUGUUGGGUAUGUUGCAAAGGAUGCAAAAGGAAAUGUUGCUGAUGGGUGGGCUAUCUUCCAGCAGCCCUCUACCAGACAUGCUGUGCAGGAGCGUGUUAUUUCUGCUGCUGCUACUACUAGCAUGUUUUUGAGAAAGGGAUUAUCAGAGACAAAAGAUAAGGUUGUUGUUGGAAAGACGAAAGUCGAAGAGGUGGCCAAGAAGACUGCACAAAAAAGCAAGACUCUUCUGACGGACAUCGAGAGAUGGCAAAAGGGAGUUGCAAGUACAGAUGUAUUUGGUGUUCCAAUUGAGUUUACGGUCCAGCGCCAGCAGUCCACCUUGCCAAUUCCAAACAUAUUGAUCAAAUGUGCAGAUUAUCUUAUAUUAUCAGGCUUGAACACCCAGGAAUUGUUCAAGGCCAAAGGAGACGAGAAGAUUCUUCGGCAGUUGGUAUCAAUGUAUAAUAAUGAUCCAAAUGCAUCACUACCAGAGGGUGUAAAAUCAAUUGAUGUUGCAGCUCUGAUCAAGUGUUACAUUGCAAGCCUUCCUGGGCCAUUAACCACCUUUGAGCUGUACAAUGAAAUCAGGAAUGCUCGCUCAAGCAUACAUGUAAUGAGAAAUAUUCUCAAGAAGCUUCCAACUGUUAACUAUAUGACAUUGGAACUAGUUACGGCUCUUCUACUUCGUGUUAGUCAGAAAUCUCCACUUAACAAGAUGGAUGCUCGAAGCCUUGCCAUGGAAAUGGCCCCUAUCAUUAUAUGGCAGAAAGGCCAGAGACCUGAGCAUUAUAAACACUACUGGAAUCAUCCAUCAAAACUUGACUCUAAAGCCAACUUAGAUUCAACCUCCAACUACAGUGCGUGGGACAUGCUUGCAGAAGACGGUGAAAGUCUUGAUGCAUCCUCUUCCAUCCCUCUUGAUGAUGCGACGCCGCUGGACUUUUGCUCUAUUGAAGUUAUUCAGUGCUUGAUCGAGCAUCACAAUGCGGUGUUCACAGACGCAAAUGAAACUGUCUGGAGAUGAUUCAUGACAGUACCAUAUACUGCACAGAUUCUUUGUAGUGAACUAUGGCCAACACAACAUGUAUAUAGAAAUCCUCUUUGCUUUUUUUCAGUAGUGAGACAUUGUUGUGAACACUGUAUUCCCCUGUAAACUCUGCUUGCUUUCAUUGCAUGCAACAUGGAAGUUAAUUGUCUCCUGCAGUUAUAGCAGCAUUAAGAGACUGCUUUGUGAAGAAUUUUAGUACUAAGCUUUUCUUUGUAAUGAAACACCUGUUCUUGGGU